UUUGGUAUCCAAGGAGACGACGGCAGCGUACGUUGUGUUUCAUUGAGGAAGAGGCGGUGUGUUUUUCCUCUGGUGAUGUUUGUGUUUAGCAGAAAACAUUUCACACGAUGGACCUGCCGGAGACCAUCAGACAACGUUUAGAAGACUUUUCUCGGAAUGUGUUAUUCGACCAGAGUCGGAAUCGGCCCUUCACAGAAGAGAAUGAGACGUUUUUGCCACACGACAAGCGGGUUCUGUCUAGUCUCCACCUCCAGAUGUCUCUGUACUUUAACAUGUGGUUCUUCCCCUUGUGGUGGAUCAGUGAAACUGUAAUGCUGCACCUCAAGUAUCCUGCAUUGCCAGACUACUACAAGUUCAUCCUUGUCACUGUUCUCAUCCUGAUGACUCUGAUUGAGGCCAUUAGACUCUUUCUCGGUUAUGCUGGGAACCUGCAAGAAAAGGUCCCAGAGUUGGCUGGAUUUUGGCUGCUGAGCAUCCUUCUGCAGUUUCCAUUAAUCCUGUUUCAGCUCUUCAACGAAGCCAUUCUCAUACAACCCUUGGAGAGGGGUGUUCACAUAGUUCUCGCCAUAUUCAUACUUACUCAGGCCCUUUCUGGUUUUGUGGCACUCCGGGACAUAGUCAGACAGACAGAGAGGCAAUUUCAUCUCCAACAGUUUGACUGAAUUCUGACGUCCGUGCCACAACAUGACAAGCAUCUUUACUUCACACCGCCCAGACUCAGACUGAAAACAAAAAAUAAUUUUAAAUGUUUUGUAUUACAUGGUAUAUUUUCUCCCCAUGUUUGAAAAGAGAAAAACAUGUAAACAUAUUUAUUUUUAUAUUUUAUUCACAUUAUAUGUUUUUGUAGAGUUGCAAUAAAUGAAAUAUAUAAAACACA